GUGGUGAGAAUAAUACUAAAAAAAGUUCCCGGACGUAAGUUGUGACGAAAAUACUGUAGUGAGUGUCUGGCGAGCGACCAACAUGUACAGGCCGGCGGGGAUGAGCGACUUCUCAGAGGACGAGUCCGACGAGUUGGAGCUGGAGAGUGGUGUGGGAGAGUCGCAGUAUACCAGCCACAGAGGAAGACCAUUAGAAGAGAUAAUUGACAUGACGCCCACAUUAUAUAAACAAGAAGAGUUUCAGGAACCUCCAGACUCAGGCUUUUCUAAUGGUGAUCCUACAUCACAGAGUAUUGGGUCACUUACAUUAUCAAAUGAAAGCGACAAAAAUGGUCUGGUUAAUGAGGAAUCUUUAGGGAAAUAUGAGAAUGUUGUGAAUGGGCAUGGGAGCACCCUCUCUCAUAGAUACCAUAAUGGAUAUAUGAAAGCAUCCAGUCCAACUUCCUCUUGCAGUUCCCGCAAAAGUCACAGUCCAACACCUUUAGGGACCAGGUCAUGGAGGCAAAUGCGAAUGCACGAAGGUUACUCACUACCUCUUGAUGAAUUUCGUAUGGCAGCAAUGCAUGGAAAUUUACCACUCAUCCAGUCAUUUGUCAAGCAAGGUAUUGCUGUAGACCAGAUUCUAAAGUCUGGAUGGACCUGCUUGAUGUAUGCUUGUUCAUGUGGGAAAUCACAGGUGGUUCAAUUUCUGCUCCACCAAAAUGCAGACCCUAAUCUCCACAAAGAAUUGUUCACUGCUCUCAUGGCUGCCUGUGCUUCAAGCCGUGAAUCUGAAGCUGAUCUUCUUCAAUGUGUGGAAUUAUUGCUCAGCCAUGGUGCUAAAGUGGACACUGCUGAGCGACAUCGCAUGACUGCCCUUAUGUUUGCCAGCAAAGAGGGACGAUCUACUAUUGUUCAGAGACUUAUUGAAGCAAAAGUUGACAUCAACAAACAGGACAACAAAGGAUGGACAGCUCUUUCCUGGGCAGCAACUAAGGGACAUGGAAAAGUCGUGCAACUACUAUUGAAGCACUUGGCUGAUCCACUAAAGAUGAACUGUCAUGGCCAGAGAGCAGCAGACAUUGCACUGGCAGCAGGCAAUCCAGAGAUUGCAGACAUACUAGAACGUGUGACUACUGGUGGUGCUAACCAUUUGACUAUUGAUAGCAGUUCUGAAAAAGUUUAUCCUAAAUGCUCCUCUGACAUCAAGACAACACACCUGUUUGGGGAACUUGAGAUGGUGUUAGCAGGCCUUGAUUUAUCUUAUAUGAUUCCUCUGUUUCAGAAACACCAGGUGUCAUUUGAAUCAUUCCUACGCCUGUCGGAGAAAGACCUUGAAAAUAUGAAUGUGACAGCUGUAGGAGUACGUAAGAAGAUUUUGCAUGCAAUAAAAGAAAUAAACAAAAAAGAGUGGCAGACCUCAAGUCUGCCAAAUGUGGCAAUGAAUACAGAUAUUACGGUUCCAGAGUCUGUGGCUAUGAUAGCAAACAUUAACAAGCAUAUUAGAUACAUGCAUGCAUCUGUGGGGUAUUUAAGAGACCAGUUGCAGGGCAACCCCAGGCUCUUACAGCUAGGGCAAGAGGUUCAUUCUGUUUCCACUUUGGCAUCACACUGUGGAGACACAAUGAAAUAUAUUCAGGGUUUUCAUGAAGAGCUGAAGUUCUUUAAAAACCAUCUUGAUAAGUUAUCUGGUAAUGCAGAGUAUAGCCCUGCAGACCUUAUUGUAGACUGUGCAGAUAAUGGCAGAGUGUGGCAACGACGAAUUUUGGCAUCCUUAGUUACGACAACAGCGAUUGCUACCAUUUUAUGGUACUCACGACCCCAUAUCUUUGAAAGCAUAUUCAAUAUUAGAAUGCCACAGAAUACAGUCACCCUUGAUGUUUAAAGAAGUUUGCCUUCAUUUGUAAUUCUCAGGAAAAUUUUGAUAUACAGCAUAUCUAAAUUGCAGUUUAUUUUUCACAAGUACACAUUAGAGUAUGAGAAAUUCAAUACUGUACUGUAUUGAACUGGAAGCAGUCAGCAAAAAUAUCAUAGAAAUGUUUACCUGUACUCCAUACAUAAGUAAAACUGUUUCUUAACAAUGGUAUUUCUAAAUAUAUACCGUAGGUUAAGAAUCAGAGUUCUUGCAACUAAGUAAAGUAAUAAAUUUAUAGUAUGUUGUAAAAUUGCAUCAGUCAUGUUUUUAUUGUUAUUAACCCUUUUUUUUGUUGGGGUGAGGGGAGUAGAUUAGCUGUUCACUUGAUUUAAUGGUUGAAGAGUCAUUCCAUAUAUGUUCCUUUUUUCAAAAAUCAAAAUAAAUUUGUUUGGGCAGAAUGAUAAUAAGUUAUUUUUAAUUAAUCCGUUGUAAAGGUAACAUUUUCUGAAGAAUUCUGAAUUCUGCUUGUUGGUUUGAAUACCAUAAUACUGUACUUUACUGAAGCUCUUUCCAUAUUCCAUCCUUCUCAAGACAAAAGACAGGUUAUUCAAUCAGCCAUUGUAGUUGUAUUAUAGGUUAAUUAAUUACAGUACUGUACUGUAUUCACUAACUGUACAGUAGGCUCUCAUAUUUGGACACCUAUUUAGACUAAAAACCUCACGAAAUUCAAAUCUUCCAAAUUUAAAUACAACUUCCUAUGGAAAAAUUAAUUUGAGUCUGGUACUUUCGAUGUUUGGCUAAAUUUUGCCUUAUUUAUCUUACUUUUUUGGCGAAUUACUACCUGUAAUAAAGCAACAUCCUGAUAAACCAACAAAAAUAACACAGAUAAAGUUAAUUAAAAACUAAAAACAACACAGAAAAAGUUCUUAUGUUCUACAGCUUCAGGUAGAGAUGAACCU